UGGUGCAAGUAAUUUUCCAUCGUGGUCUCAUCCUGCCCACAUUUUGAAGCCUCUCAUUCCCUCUCACAAAGCUCAAAGAUUUUCUGCUGCUCCGUCUCUCUAUCUUCUCUUUGAAUCCGCCAUCAUUAUGUCUCUUGCAAAUGUCCUUAAGACUCUCUUCUUUAUGCUCUGCUGCCUCAUGAUCGUCACUCUCGGCUACACCAUUUCCAUUGCUGGCCUCCCCUUUCGUAAAGACCUCCUAACUCCGUGGAUGGUUGCCACUUUGGUUGAUUACUACAUCAACGUUGUUCCUUUGGCGGCUUGGGUGUCCUACAGGGAAUCAAGCUGGAUUAGUGGAAUUAUAUGGAUAAUUCUCCUUGUGUGUCUUGGCAGCAUUACCACCUGUGCUUACAUUUUCAUUCAAUUUUUCAAGUUGUCACCUGAAGAGUCUUUACAAGAGCCCAUGUACCAUGUUCUGUUGUGGAAUGCAAUAAACAAUAGCAUGGAACAUAAAAGGAAGAACUCUCCUGUUGUGGCUGCCAAAAUCCUUUUUGGUUCUUUGGGUUUAGUGAUGUUGGGAACCCUGGUUUACACUAUAUUGACUUAUGGUUCUCCUUUUCGCACAGAGCUCUUUACUCCGUGGAUGUCAGCAACACUAAUUGACUUCUAUAUCAAUGUUGUGGCUCUGUCGGUUUGGGUUGCCUACAAAGAAUCAAGUUGGUUUAGCGCAUUCCUUUGGGUGAUAUUGUUGAUAUGUUUUGGCAGCAUCGGCACAUGUGUUUACAUCGUCCAGCAGCUGUGGUGUCUGCAUUCUGAAGAUCCGGUUUACCUCAUUUUGUUAAAUACUAGAAACAGGGCAGAAAACUGGUAUGAUAGAACCUUGUGUUGAGAUGCUGCAAAAGUAAGUGAUGAGCUCAAAGGUUGCCGGACGAUAUACAGUUAAUUUACAGUGCAAUUUACAGAUAGCCUUCUAUUUUCGCUGGCUACAUCGAUAACAGUUACAAAUUAUUAUUUCAUAUUCAAUGUAAACAUAUUUGUUGCUGAGCGAUUUCAUGAAUAUGUAUGGAUAUCUGUGUGCCUUAGGCACUUGCUGUAUCAAGUUGUAUAGUUUUUGUGAUGAACAAACAUGUAAAACAACCAUGAAAAUCUAGAAAAUGGAUACUCAGAAAGUAAGUCAAAUUUUGCUCCAA